GAGAGAGAAUUAAAUACAAAAAAGUUUGUCUUUUUAUUUCUAUGCAUUCAAUUCUUUCCUUCCUUUUUUUCUCCAUCAUUCUUUGUUUCUUCUCUCUCUCUCCUCCUCUCUGUAUGCAAGCUACAGAUGAUCUUUAAAGGAGUAAUAACAAGGCGGUUACGCCAUUAAUGGGGUUUUCAAGAGUUCUUGGAGGAGGAGUUUUUGAAGAAGAAGAAGAAGAAGAAGAGCAAUUGGAAGCAAAGCUUUUACAGAGCUCUUUCAUGGCUACUAAUAAAGUCAUCAAUUACUCAACUCAGAUAGAACAGCACCAGCAAAAUCAUCAUCAACAUCAACAACAGCAGCAACAGCAACAACAGCAUCAUCAUCAUCAGAUACAAGAGCAUCACCACCAUCAUCAGAUUCCUUAUGGAAUGAUGCAAUCGUCGUCAUCAUCCUCAGUCCCAGGAAGCUUCAUCAGAAGCAAAGAUGCAGGAGCUUAUGACUUGGGAGAAUUCGAUCAAGCUCUUUUUCUUUAUCUCGAUGGACAAGACCCUUCUACUGUUCAAGACCAAAGACAGACUUCUGGGAUGAGGCCUCCAACUCUGAACAUCUUCCCUUCUCAGCCUAUGCAUGUUGAACCAUCAUCAGCAAAGGCUAAUACUCCAGUAACUAGUGGUUCAAAGAGACCAUCAAAUCAGCCGUCCAUGGAGUUGGCCAAUGCAAGAAAUGAUGCUGCAUCUGGGCCUGAACCAGCCAAAGCUAUCAAGCGGGAAGGGAACCGUAAAGGUCCGACAACUUCUAGUUCAGAGCAGGAAGGACCCAAGACUCCAGACCCUAAGACAUUGAGAAGACUUGCUCAGAAUAGAGAAGCAGCAAGGAAAAGCAGGCUAAGAAAAAAGGCUUACGUUCAGCAACUAGAGUCGAGUAGAAUUAGACUAACCCAACUUGAACAAGAGCUACAAAGAGCCAGAGGUCAAGGUAUAUUCUUUGGUGGAGGAGGAGGUCUUCUUGGUGGAGAUCAAGGCCUUCCUGCAGGUAUCAGCACUAUUAGCUCAGAUGCUGCGGUGUUCGACGUGGAGUAUACAAGAUGGCUAGAGGAGCACCAUCGUCUCACAUGUGAGCUUCGAGCGGCGGUGCAGGAACAUCUACCUGAAAACGAACUCAGGCUCUUUGUGGACAACUGCUUAGCUCAGUAUGAUGAGGUGAUGAGCCUCAAAGCCAUGGUUGCCAAAUCCGACGUCUUCCAUCUUGUUUCUGGUAUGUGGAAGACUCCUGCCGAGCGUUGCUUCAUUUGGAUUGGAGAUUUCCGGCCUUCAGAUCUCAUCAAGAUUAUUUUGAACCAAGUAGAGCCAUUAACAGAGCAGCAAAUAUUAGGGAUAUGUGGGUUGCAGCAAUCCACACAGGAGGCUGAAGAAGCUCUCUCACAAGGACUUGAAGCUUUGAAUCAAUCUCUGUCAGAUACUAUAGCUUCUGAUUCAUUGAGCUGCCCUCCUAAUAUGGGUAACUAUAUGGGACAAAUGGCUGUGGCCAUGAACAAGCUAUCUACACUUGAAGGUUUUGUUAGACAGGCAGAUAAUCUUAGACAUCAAACCCUUCAUCGACUGCAUCAGCUGUUGACAGCUCGGCAAGCAGCAAGGUGUUUUUUGUCAAUCGCCGAGUACUUCCAUCGUCUCCGAGCUCUGAGCACUCUGUGGUUAGCUCGUCCCCGGCAAGAGUGAUAAACCCUAGAAAGAAACAAUAGCAACUACUUUUAUAUCUUAAAUUUAGUAUAUCUAUAUAUCUCUAUCUCUUCUCUCUCUCAAUCAUUAUUAAAAAUAUAGAUAUUUUCUUUUGAUGAUGUUUCUUUUGCUUACUUUCUACAGAGAUUAUGUAUAGAUCAUAGACAAAAGGGUAGGUUAAAUUUAAAGAAGUAGAACUUUCUU